AUGUCUAGCUCCGUCAUUCAGACUCAGACUCCAGCGCCCGCGCCCGCGCCACCUCCACCACCCCCGCCGCUGCCUCCCUCUCCUUCUCACAACACGCAUCCGAAGAAGCUCGCGUUGAAAGUGAGGAGCGCGUCACCUGGCUGGUCCUAUCAAUCGCCUCGACAGAUCGAUUAUACCGAACUUAAGACUGGCCCGUACUUCUUUUACGGCACACUGAUGGACCCCGGAAUGCUGGCAGAGAUCCUGAAGUUGAGCCACGAGCCCAUACUACGACCAGCAAAAGUAUUCGGAUACACGGGCAAGCUUUGGGGCCAGUAUCCUGCCGUUGUUGAAGGAGAAGCGGGCGCUACUGUCUGUGGUGCUGCAUACAAUGUCGAAAGUGUCGAGGAUGCUAGGAAGCUUGCUGCGUACGAAACUUGCAACUAUCAAACAAAGGCUUGCAAGAUACUUUAUACCGAUGGAGAACAACCUGAAAUGCAGCACGGUCGGCUUUUCGUGUUUGCAGGAAAUCCGAGUGACUUGGAAACCGGUGCAUUCGACUUGUCAGUAUGGCUGAAACGAGUUGGGAGGUGA